AGGGCGGUGCAGCUCCGCUCCGCUUUCCUUAACCUGGCACAUCUCAUUCGCUCCAUUAACGACCCCGAGCACCCCCUCACCCUGGAGGAGCUGAAUGUCGUCGAGCAAGUGCGAGUGAAAGUGAAUGACGCAGAAAGCACGGUGGUGGUGGAAUUCACACCCACCAUUCCUCACUGCAGCAUGGCGACGUUAAUCGGCCUCUCCAUAAAAGUAAAAUUGAUCAGAUCUCUGCCUGAGAGAUUUAAGCUGGAUGUUCAUAUAACACCAGGAACACAUGCCUCUGAGCAUGCAGUUAAUAAACAGCUUGCUGAUAAAGAACGUGUAGCAGCUGCUUUGGAAAACUCUCACUUACUGGAAGUGGUGAAUCAGUGUUUGUCUGCUCGAUCAUAA